GUACAAUGUUUGGGUCGUGAUCAGUCCUGCAACGGUCGGGCGACAGAAUGAAUCGAGUCCGCGUCUCACGUCUGUCCGCGUUUUAAGUGAUUUGGCCGCGCUGGAACGAGCAUGGCUCGCCCUUAACUGAGAGCGGAGGUGGAGAUGCGGAUUGCCGAGCGACGCCAUGGUGAUCGGUUCCUUCUUCAAACUGCUGCAGCGGCAGACGUAUACCUGUCUGUCGCAUCGCUACGGCCUUUACCUCUGUUUCGGCGGAUUCGUUCUCAUGAUCGCAAGCGCCUUUCAGUUCGGAGAGGUGGUGGUUGAGUGGAGUCGGGAUCAGUACCACGUUCUUUUUGACUCCUACAGAGACAAUGUGGCUGGGAAGUCCUUCCAGACGAGGCUUUGCCUGCCCAUGCCCAUUGACGUGGUGUACACUUGGGUAAAUGGUACAGAUAGUGACCUGCUGAAGGACCUGCACAAAGUGAGACAACAGCUGGAGGAGGAGCAGAGGCAACUAAGGGAGAUGCUUGGGAAGAAUGGGAGUGACACUACAGAGGCCCCCAAAGGAAGGCCUGAAUGCCUGCUCUCUCACUGCAUCGUGGCUCCAGCCCUGGUACUGGACCCAGCUCUGCCCGCAAACAUCACCGUGAAGGAGCUGCCCUCGCUGUCUUCUGCUCUCUCCUCCGCCAAACAGCUCCUGCAGGUGUCCAAGCCCCUGCUCCCAUCCACUGGUGUCUCUGUCCUGCUCUUCCACUCCCAGAGUGAAGCGGAUACGGCUCACUCAGAUGUGCAGAAGGACAUUCCCAGACACUCAGUCUCCAGGGCCUAUCUGACGACGGAUAAGGAGGCCCCUGGCCUGGUGCGUGUCCAGACGCUGGCCUUCUUGAGCGGCUUCCCUGCCUCCUUUAAAGGCACCGAGCAGCUGAGGGUCAAGCUGCCGACGGCGCUCACCAGCAAGAUCAAACAGCUGCAGCUGUACUCGGAGGCAAGCAUCGCCCUCCUGCACCUGAACGCGCCACAGGACUUCGCCGACCUUCUCCAGCAAGCCAAGAAGAACCUGACACUAGGGGGCAAGGAGCUGAUGGUCCACCCGGCCUACCUGCUCUGGGACCUCAGCGCCGUCUCGCAGCCCAAGCAGGACGAGGACGUGUCGGCCAGCCGCUUCGAGGACAACGAGGAGCUGCGCUAUUCGCUGCGUUCGGUGGAGAGGCACGCCCCCUGGGUGCGGCACAUCUUCGUCGUCACCAAUGGGCAGAUCCCUUCCUGGCUAAACCUGGACAACCCCCGCAUUACCGUGGUUACGCAUCAGGAGAUCUUCCAGAACGUGUCUCACCUACCCACGUUCAGCUCUCCAGCCAUCGAGACCCACAUCCAUCGCAUUCCGGGCCUCUCGCAGAAGUUCGUCUACCUCAACGACGAUGUGAUGUUCGGCAAGGACGUGUGGCCCGAUGAUUUCUACAGCCACUCGAAGGGCCAAAAGGUGUACCUCACGUGGCCUGUUCCUAACUGCGCCGAGGGCUGCCCGGGCUCCUGGAUCAAAGAUGGCUACUGCGAUAAAGCCUGCAACAACUCUGCCUGUGACUGGGACGGCGGAGACUGCUUAGGCACAGCGGCUGGCGGCCGUUUUGGAGGCGGAGCCGUCGGGGGCGUGGUGGGCGGAGCAGGGCAGCCCUGGCAGUUCGGGGCUGGCUUAGGAGGCCUGGGGGGCAUGGCCUUCUGCAACCAGGGCUGCGCCAACUCCUGGUUGGCUGACAAGUUCUGCGACCAGGCGUGCAACGUGCUGGCCUGCGGCUUCGACGUCGGAGACUGUGGGCAAGACCACUUCGGCGAGCUGCACCGCGUCGAGCUGCUGCCGAACCAGACGCACUAUGAGCUCCCCCGGGGCGAGCUGCGGCCCUACUUCAGCUUCGCGGGCCUCGCCGAGCGUGUGUCGGAGGCGCACGUCAGCGACAGCCCCGCGCUGCGCCACACCUCCGUCACCAACAAGUGGAAGACCCUCCACAUGCUGCUGCUGCCAGGCCACAACACCACCCAGCUCCACUACAACCUCACCUUCCAGGACCACGCCGGCCAUGAGUUCGCCGUGAGCUUCACGGUAGCCGUGGACACCCGGCAGAUGCCCAAGCUCAACGCCUCGGAGGUGGGCCAGGGGCCCAAGCCCACGGCUGCCGCCCCGGAACCGGAGGUGCCGUUCGCUGACGUGCCCGUGGAGAAGCGGGGCCCCAGGGUGAGGGAGAGGCCUGCCGGGGGCGCGGCGGAGCGUGCGGCGGGCGCACCGGCGCUGAACGUCUCCGCCCUGCCCUACGCUGUGAGGCGUGAGCUGCAGAAGCUGGAGGAGAGCCUGCUCGUAGGGGACAUCACCGUGAAGGGCUACAAUCUGACCAAAGCCAUGUUACUCGGGCCCUUCCGGGACGAAGCGGCGCGUGAGCUGCGGCGAGGCGGGAUGGUCUCGCUCGUCCCGGUCAAGGUCGACGCCGAGUCUCCAGGAGAGCGGGACCCCGCCGGGCGUCCGCGGCCCACGCCGGUUGCGCAGGAGGGGGGUGUGGAGCCCCGGAACGGCCACGGGCAGGCAGAGAGGGCACCCCCUGUGGGCCGCAGGCUCCAACGCUACAUGGGCUCCGAAUGGAGCUUCCUGCCAUGGGAAAAAAAAAAGUUUUUCCAGGACCUUCUGGAGGAAACAGAACGGCUGGAGAUGGAGUUGUCCUACAAAGCCGACAGGAGUGCCACUGGCCGGAGGCUGCAGGACACCUUCGCCGAUUCGCUGCGCUACGUCAACAAGCUUCUGAACGGCCAGUUCGGUUUCACGUCACGCAAAGUGCCCGCCCACAUGCCGCACAUGAUUGACAGGCUCGUCAUGCAGGAGCUGCAGGACACCUUCCCUCAGGAGUUCGACAAGACCUCCUACCAUCGCGUGCGCCACUCGGAGGACAUGCAGUUCGCCUUCUCCUAUUUCUACUUCCUGAUGAGCGCGCUGCAGCGGUUCGACGUCUCCCGGGUCUUCGACGAGAUUGACACAGACCGCUCGGGCGUCCUGUCCGACCGGGAGAUCCGCACGCUGGCCACCCGCAUCCAUGAGCUCCCGCUCAGCCUGCAGGACCUGACGAGUCUCGAGCAGAUGCUGAUAAAUUGCUCCAAGGCUCUCCCAAGCAACCAGACCCAGCUGCACAUGGUCAGCCCCACCCAGGAGUCCUACUACGACCCCAACAUGCCUCCUGUCACUAAAGGUCUGGUGAUUCACUGCCAGCCGAUCGUGGAGAGGAUUCAGAAAGCUUUCAAAGAUCAGAACAAAUACAAGUUUGAGAUCAUGGGAGAGGAGGAGAUCGCCUUUAAAAUGGUACGGACCAACGUGUCCCAUGUGGUGGGCCAGCUGGACGACAUCAGGAAGAACCCGAGGAAGUUCGUCUGCCUGAACGACAACAUCGACCACACCCACAAGGACGGCAGCAUGGUGAAGGCCGUCCUGAGGGACUUCUACGAGUCCAUGUUCCCGCUGCCCUCGCAGUUCGAGCUGCCGCGGGAGUACCGCAACCGCUUCCUGCACAUGGCCGAGCUGCGCGAGUGGCGAAUCUACAGGGACAAGCUGAAGUUCUGGACCCAUUGCGUGCUGGUGACGCUGGUGGUUUUCACCGUGGUCUCCUUCUUUGCCGAACAGCUGGUUGCGCUGAAGCGCCGUCUCCUGCCCCGGCGCAGGGUCAGCAAGGAGGCCAACCCCGUGCGAGUGUGAGGACGAUGGGACGCACCGCUCACAUACCCCGAGAGCUUCCUGCCUUCCGUCACGCUCCCUGUGAGGGGCUGAAGAGUAGCGAGGCGGGGACCCCCCGUACAUCCAUACACACACAUACAGAUACACUGACGAGACAUCAUGAAGCCAUAAUUAAUGGUCCUAAGAAGGUGAGAGCCACUCAGAAACUUCCUGGUCAUGUUUAUUUUGAGGGACCAAAAGACUCGCAUUCAAGAAGACGGCCCUCGCGCACGAGGGCGACAGCGAGACGCUGCUCUGCAGGGGACGAAGAGACAGUCCCGAGGAACAGACGCACUCCAGUUGGGUCCACUUUGUAUGAUUAUUGUUGUGACCCGCAUUUUACAUGAAGGGCGAAGGCAAUUGUCUGAUGAAUGUUACGUUGUAUACUUUGUUGAAACAGAACAUGGGGAAAUAUGAGGACCUUAAAUGAUGGGGUGAUGAUUGUGACUGGACUGGUGUUUAGAUGAUCUUUGUCUUUUUAUUGUUAUUGUCACUCCGUGUGUUGGGCCUCCAUCUCAGUGCCUUGUGUCCUGUAUAAAUGAAGCCAGUGAACUUCAGUUCACUGCUGUCUCGUCACUGAAUGUGAGUGAGCCAAAAAUAGCACAACUGAAAUGUUAAGGGACUGCCACAGAUCAUCUGGGCCCUAAUGAAAACUGGUUGGCCUUUGUCUUCCAUUCUUUCUAAUGCAUGUUGGUGAGACCCGUAACUUAGCUUGAACCCAUAUCUGUCUGCGUCUGUGUCUGUCUGGGACGGGUAUGAAAUUCAGAUCUCGCAGCAUGCUGUAGAGGCCUGCGUUUCUCUUUUGGCUUAUCUUGCAUCCGUUCACACCCUUCCACGUGAAAUCUGCUCUUUUUAAAUCGGAUUUGGUGCUUUUCAGACCACAAUCGCAAGCUCGUACUUUGUCUAAAACGGGUUCGAGCAUCGGAUGUUUCCAGAGCAGCUCAGAUUAGUCAACCAGCCCGAGGUCAGCGUAGUAGCAUGCUUUCCUUACCCUGCUAGUCCUGUUAACUCCGUCAGCUCCACCUAGAUAGGACGAGUGUGGCUGAUGGAGUUGUGCCAUGAACGUCGGCUUACUCGGUUCGUUUUGGAAUCAGCCAUGUGCAAAAUAUUGGGGGGAAAAUACCUGCGAAUGUUCACAGAUCUGCACAAGCUGUCUUUAGAACAUGCGUUCCCUCCGUUCUUCCACUGAGGCCAUACACACUUGAAUACUUGCUUAUCAAGUUAACAAGCUUUUUAUUUUUUAUUUUUUAUUUUUUUUUGAAAAAUGCAAAACAAUAGGAAAAGGUUGUAUAUGAUGGUGAGAAUGUAUUUGUCAUUGUCACGUUUUUUUUUCCAUCAUCUUUUAUUUAAAUGUGAAGUUCACUGAGCGCAUUGAAUGUUUUUAGUACUGGACCUUAUUGAACGAGGUCCGCUUUUAACAGCUUACUUGAGAGGAAACGGCCAUAUUUGAGCGGUGAGCCACUUUUAAGUUUUACCUUAAUUGCUUGGUAAUUUGCUUAUUUAUUUCUUCCUAUUGGCUGUUAAAAAAAAAAAUUCCAAUGAUGUAAAGAUCCAUUAAAAGGUAUUCAGAAGUGUAUGACCUAAAGUUGAAAAUCGCAAGUUUUUUGUUAAAUGUAAGUGCAAGUAGCAGAUAUGCUUUACAAAUCCCUGUGCAUAGAUCUGUCUUGAAUUAAGUGUUACCAACCUGCUGAGCCAAAUCAGCUUAUGAAAAUUUGACUUCACUGAAUAUUAAAAACGAUUGUGAUUAGAAAUCGUUUUAGACUGCAUCAAGCGCUACACGGGUUUCAGUGUUUCAUGGGCGGUAUCAAGGUAUAACGGUAUACCUGGGUAUUUACAAAUGCCGAGGGAAUGAUUUUCGGUACGCUCAUUUCUAUUAAACUGAUACGGUUUAUUUGUAUAUUUAUGGAAAAUAUAAACGAAAUUAAACUAUUACAACAGGGAACGGAAGAAUUAUUCGGAGUUAGAAAAGAUACAGUUCUGGCGUUUAACAGUGACCGUUGGCAGUGUUGGUUUUAGCCGGAUGUGGCUUAUCUUGUUGAAAGCCAGGUGUUAAACGGAGCACGUUGGCGGUUCUGGCGCGAAACGUGAAAACGUGUAAUAUCUACAGUUUUGAAAUGCAUAUGGAAUUUACAAGAAAAUCGGCAAAUGUAAGAAUAUUUUUAUAAUAUGUUGGCUCUUUAAAUGGCUGUUUAAAUGGUUCAAGUAAAACCUGCUUUUGGAAAACAA